AUGCUGCGAAGCGCCUCUACCCGCACUUUCAAAAGCGCACCCUGCGUGGCGAGCAGCUCCGCUUUCAGAAGGCUUUACACGCGGGCUGCUACCGGACGCGCGAGCUAUGGGCUGGCGGCCGCCUCCGCCACGGUAGCUGCUCUUUGGUAUGUUGCAACGUUGCCAACCGUCCAUAACGAUGCGCCACUUCACAUCCACAAUGAGUUGCCGCCACCGGUCGACGUACCUAGCAAGGGAAGGCUGGAGAGCGAAGACCUCGAUCUGCUUGUCUGGGGAUCCAACAAGUCGCACCUUCUGGACGGCAAGCUUCCCGAAUCAGUCCGCGUGCCGACGGAGUCAGAGUGGUUCAAGAACGUCGCGCUGCGGGACCUGGCUCUCCACGAGAAACACGCGGCGUGCGUCGACGCACGAGGAGACGUGUACGAGUGGGGGGACGGCUUCUUCAGGGACACCACGCCGCCUUCAGGGGUCCAACCUCAGCUCACGCUGAAGGGGAAGAACAUCAAGCAGCUCCAACUCACGCGCUCGCGUACGUUCGCGCUCUCUGAGAACGGCCGCAUAUACGUCCUUGCGUCCUCUCAGACCGACCAGGCCCUUCCUGCUGGCUCCUCCGAGUCCUCGUGGUUGAGUACGCUCUGGGGCGAAAGUCAGCACGUUGACUUUGCUGAGAUAGCACCCUCGGAGAAGCUGAAGCGCGGAGAGCGGUUCGUCCAGAUCUCGGCUGGCACAGACCACCUCCUGGCCGUCACGUCUGAUGGGCGCACCUUCGCGCACCCCAUCACGUUGAACGCUAACGCGUACGGGCAGCUGGGCUUCCGCAAGUGCGACGUCCCGGCGUCCGCGGGCCCCCACGUGCAAAACGCGCAGACUCGGGAGCGCGUCGCCCUUGAGCUGACCCCAAAAUCGAUCGCUGACCCUUACGCGAAGUCGAGUUCCGGCAUCCGCCCCGCAAACUCAGCAAGUAGACUCAGCGCCGCGGUCGUCGGGAAGGAGGCGGCCGAUGCUGGUGUGACUGACGCAAGCAUCAGGUGGUCAGACAAGCUGUUCGAGAUCCCGGCGCUGAAGGGCGUGAAGGUAGACCGUGCGGUGGCUGGAGCAAGGACAAGUUUCGUCAAGACGUCAAACGGCCAGGUGCUCGGCUGGGGCGCUAAUGAAUACGGGCAAAUGGGGCUCGGUGGCAACGUCACUUUGGACACUAUCACCGUACCGACAGAAGUCAUCCUUUGGAGGAAUGCGCCCGCAAGGACCAAGACGACAUGCCGUGACAUUCAUGCAGGAGGUGACCUCACUAUGUUUGAGGUAGAGCGCGUUGACGGCACCAGCAUGCCGUCAGUGGAGAUACUGGCUUGCGGUAACGGGCAGUAUGGGGGUCUUGGUAGCGGGCAGUACAGCAACGCGCAGUCUGCACCGGUCCGUGCGAAGAACGUCAGCGGUCUAUUUGAAUUCAGCGACGCCACGCAAAACUUGCAGGCCAUAGUGCCGGACGCGAUCUCCGUUUCUCCGACUGGGCACGUCCUGCUCACACUGGAUACGAGGAAGCAGGCCGGACCGGGAGGCGGCGGUCGGGACAUGGUCGCCUGGGGGGCGAACUUCGAGUACCAGCUUGGAACGGGGAAACGCGGGAGCCAAGCCGUGCGGGACAUGCAGGGGCGGGUGUGGGGAAGGGGCGUCGAGGUCGAGCAGCGGGCGGUGGCGGGAUGGAACAACUCGGUCGUGUACUGGCGGGUGUGCUAG